UGGCUGGACAGCGGGCAUCGGGUCACCAGGCAUCAGGUCAUUUGGCUCGACAGCGGGCACCGCGUCAUCUGGCAAGGCAGUGGGCUCCGAGUCAACUGGUAUGACCGCGGGCACUGGGUCAUUUGGCUUGACAGCGGGCACCGCGUCAUCUGGCAAGGCAGUGGGCUCCGAGUCAACAGGCACGACAGUGAGCACCGGGUCAUCAGGUACCGGAUUGUCUGGCUCGACAGCGGGCACCGCGUCAUCUGGCAAGACAGCGGGCACUGGGUCACCAGGCAUCAGGUCAUUUGGCUUGACAGCGGGCACCGCGUCAUCUGGCAAGGCAGUGGGCUCCGAGUCAACAGGCACGACAGUGAGCACCGGGUCAUCAGGUAUGACAGCGGGCACUGGGUCACCAGGCAUCAGGUCAUUUGGCUCGACAGCGGGCACCGGAUCAGCGGGCAUCGAGUCAACUGGCCUUAUAGGAUCGUCAGGCUGGAUCAGUUCAUCAUGCUGGGUAGAGGCAUCAGGCCAAGUAGAGGCUUCAGGCCGAGUAGAGGCUUUAGGCCGAGUAGAGGCAUCAGGCUGAAGAGAGGCAUCAGGCUGCGUACCGGCAUCAGGCUGAAGAGAGGCUUCAGGCUGAACCACGGAAGGCAGGCUCACCGGUUUGGAUACUGGCAGGAUGGUAUUGGUUGGAAAGAAUUUUCGCUUUUUUCUGGUUUUAACUACUGGAGCACUGCAAGUAAACGCAGGUCUGCAAACGAAUGGAGCAGCUGGAGACAGAGAAGAACUGGAGGAUGGAACAGGAGAGGGAGCGGUUGCUACAGAGGGCUCUUUUACAGGGUUAAAGGCAGGAUAGGUGCAGCGAGUGGGAACAGGGUACUGACAUGCGGUAGAUAG